ACUAAUCGCCGGUGUUGUAAUCGUUCAAAACCAAAAAACAUCCAAAAAUACGUAGUUUUUAACUGUAAGUAAUGUUCCCCUCGAUGCUGAGAAACCUGUGCCAUCGAAUACCGGCCCGCCGGACGGUGCUGCUGCUCGAAAAUGCUAACUUUUCCUCCCAACGUGUGGCGAUCGCGCUACGAAGCAGGAAGGCCAAGUCGGAAAAACCUACCACACAAUACUUCGUGGACUGCAAGCACGUUCGAACAGUCGGCGGCAAAGGUGGUGAUGGUUGUAUCUCGUUUCUGCGGCUGUGGUGCAACGAGAAUGCCGGUCCGGAUGGUGGCGACGGUGGAAACGGAGGACACGUGGUGCUACAAGCUAGUUCCGAUGUACGAGAUUUGAACCACGUAACGACGCUGCUUUCGGCAGAAGAAGGCGACAAGGGACGGAACAAGGACUGCCACGGCAAGAAUGCCAGUCACACUGUAGUAAAGGUGCCACUGGGGACGAUUGUUAAAACCAGCAACGGAAAAGUGGUUGGCGAUCUGGACGCGGAAGGGACAAUGUUCGUGGCUGCACGCGGCGGAGCCGGAGGAAAGGGUAAUCACUUCUUUAUAAGCGAUUUGGAACAGGCUCCCCAGGUGGCGGAGUUUGGAGGACAAGGCGAGGACAAAUCAUACAUAUUGGAACUGAGGAGCAUGGCACAUGUGGGAUUCAUUGGGUUGCCAAACGCGGGGAAGAGUACACUUCUCAGAGCGAUUUCCAGGGCGCGACCAAAAGUUGCCUCCUAUCCUUUCACCACCCUAAAACCACACUUAGGGAUGGUCCAGUACGACGAUUACGAGCAAAUUGCCGUGGCCGACCUGCCCGGCUUGAUCCCCGAUUCCCACAAAAACAAAGGCCUUGGAAUUCAGUUUCUAAAACACGCGGAACGGUGCAAUGUCCUUCUGUUCAUCGUGGAUGCAUCUUCCGAGGAACCGUGGAAUCACUAUCACACUCUGAUGCACGAGCUGACCAUGUUCAGCGAGGAAUUGGCCAACCGCCCAAAGAUGAUCAUUGCGAACAAAAUCGAUCUACCGGAAGCGGAAAAAAACUUGGAGCUGCUGCAGCACCAUGUGGACGUUCCGGUGAUACCGAUUAGUGCAAAAGUAGGAACAAAUGUUUCCGAGUUGCUCAAAGAAAUUCGAGUGGUCUAUGAUGCCAUGAAAAAGGAGAAAAAGCAGGAAACAGAACAAAAGCCUUAGAGAACAAACGUCGAGUUAUAAUACGUUAGAUAUUUAACCAAAUGUAAAGUAGCAACUAAUGGGUUAUCGUUUACAAUAAAACGACAUAUGUAUACAGAAGAACCGAUGUAAAAAUACCAACCCAGCUUCGAGAUAGAGCA